AAUCCUGCCAGAAGGACACUGGGUUCACUUUGCCCCAGCACAGCGUUGAAACCGAGGAGCUGAAACCUCAGCUCCAGCUUCUGCUUUCUCACUUUGGUGUUGAGUACAACCUUAAGGAUCUCAAGAACUCAGCUUAUGAGAUGGAGCUCUUUUCCCUGGUUGUACAAAAAUUUAGAAGCGUCUUCUGCAAACAGCAGACAAUGAGAAUAUUUCUGGUUUAUGACGCAGAGGUUUCUCAGUCAGAGAACCGGGGCAUGUUAGAUCCAGCCAGGGCUUUGAAAAAGAGAGCCAACUGGGUCCCUUUUUUGAAGAUUAAGCCUAAAGUAGAUCCCUGGCAGCAAAAGCUUUUGGUAAAACUGAAACAAUGGAAAAAAGUGGAUAAGUUGAUGGACCUUCAUUCCAAAUUUGUAGAGCAAGUGUGCCUGGGGAUCCUGAACUACCUGAGGUCCAUGGAGAGAAGCCUGACCAUCAGUGCCGCUGGACUCUCCUCCAAGGCUGGUCACCUAAUUCCCAGCGCAGAAGACACCUCCUGGGUCCGUGCUGCCAAAGGAGGCACUGGUGGUUUUGGUGGCCUGAGUUCACAGCCAUAUAUUGACUAUACGCCAGCUGACUACAAGGUCCACAGUACUCAGUUCAUGGAGUUUGCAGAGGUAGAAAACCAUGAUGACUUUCACACUAGCGAGGAUGGAUAUAUUCACACACAGGACCAGCGAGGGUUUUACAUAAUAUAUGAUGUGGCUUUAGAGGACCUGAAGGAACCUGAGAACCAGCUGCUGCUUGUGGCCAGCCAGUACCUUGAGAAAGAUAAAAGCAAUGUAACUUCUGAGCAAUUCAGUGUCCGCAACAUCCUUGGCUGUGCACAUGCCUCUGUGGAUCGACUUGCUGUGCUGCUUGACCUCUGGACCUGUGAAACUGUUCUCUUGGAAAAAAAAUGCCAGCUUCCAGAUAUUUACUUUGAAGCAUGCCAACAUGCUUUGGAUCCAGAGGAAAGAUUUGCUUUGGCCCAAGCGAUGACUGACAUCACGCAUAAACAUCCAUGGUUUGAUCUCAAGCUUGAAUAUUUUGUCAGCACCUACAAAGGUGAAUGCAUCUGUUUGCAACUUCACUUCCAACUGCUGAGGGACAUAGUAAACCAAUAAAUAGAUGCCCAGAGGGAAUACCUCCACAAGAUUUGUCAGGAAGGUCAGACAGGUGGCUUUGGUCAAUUUGGACUUCUUUAUAAUGUGAUUACUAAGCAGCUUAUCUCUCUUAACACUAGCCGUCCUGCUUUGAAGAACAUUUAUUUGCUGGAGUUUCACCCUUCUCUUGGUCUGGUGUGCUUGAUUCCCAAAGCUCUUGAGUAUAUCUGUCAGAAAUUCUACAGCAUCUGCAGACCAAAAACACCCAGUAAAGCAAGUAAGCUAGAAAAACAAGUACUUCAGCUAGUAGUUGAUGAGUGGCUAACUAAGGAAAAAACAGAAACUUUUUACAGUUCUCAGAUUCAAAAAGAUCUCUUUAUCCUGGAUUCCUUCUCCAUGCUCCUGGAGCUUGUCACACUCCACCAUCGGCUGAUGGAGGUGGCAACAGAAAGUGUGUUGUUAGCCAGGAUAUAUAAGGCUUUUGCGAUGGAAGCAGGUUUUGGGGGGUUCCAUUUGUACCUGAGGCCCAUGCACUUUGAAUCUACAUCUCACAGGGAGAAAGCAGACCACGUCCCACCAAUGUUCAUUACAUCUCUCCUGGAAGAUGACAGCUAUGUUGACAGAUAUAUUCCAUCUACCUUACCAUUAAGCAUUCAAGAAAUCGACAGUCAUAUUGGAAAGUUUAGUUUCCGUAUGAGAGAUGGUGUUACACAGCUCUUGUGUCCAUCUGGAAUAAGGAACAUGCACCUUAUCCUGGCCUGUCAGGUCACUCAGAAAAAUGCUCUUUGGCAGCUGUUCAGCGAGCCUCCUUUUGUUACUUGGCCCAACCUGCCCAUACCCUGGAUGUAA